AGGUAAAAAGUAGAAGGUGCAAUUUUAGGAUGAAAUGGAUAAACAUUAAAAAUAAAAAAAUAAAAAAUAAAAAAAUAAAAAACAUCUGUCAAAGGUCAAUCCCCUUUCUUCCUCCAUAACCUCCCUCCUUCUUCUCCACCUCAGAGCUUCAGAAAAUUUCUCCACAAAACCCUAACCUUCCCUCUGUCAUAUCCCCUUUCUUCCCCCCAAAACCAGAACCAAACCAAGAAAUCAGCCACUCCAAAUCCAAAUCCAAAUCCAAAUCCAAAUCCGAGCUUGAAUGAAUCAUUCCCAAUCCCUCCUCCAUGCAAUUGUUCCUCUGUUCCUGUUCUUGUUCCAGUUCCAGCCAUGUCGUUUAGCCGCUCAAUGCGCUCCCAAUCCCUCUCUAAUCCCCUUCCAUUAGCCGAGAAAAUCACCGAAGAACCAAUCACCACCAAAACCGCUCAGAGCACCGUCACCUGUUUCUACCAGGCCAACAUCGCCGGCUUCUGGCGCAACGUCACCGUUCUAUGGUGCAAGAAUCUCAUGAACCACACCUUAAACGUCACCAUCCAUAGUCUCCGAGGCGAUUUCCAUUGCAAUUACAAAAUCGACGUUAAGCCUUGGAACUUCUGGAGCAAAAAGGGCUACAAAUCCCUAGAUUUAGACGGAUGUCAAAUCGACAUUUAUUGGGACGUCCGCUCCGCCAAAUUCUCCUCCGGACCUGAACCUUACUCCGAUUUCUACGUCGCCUUAGUCGCCGAAGAGGAAGUCGUCUUGCUCUUAGGCGAUUACAAGAAGAAAGCCUACAAAAGAACCAAAUCCAGACCUGCGCUCGUUGAAGCGUUCUUGAUUUACAAGAAGGAAAACGUGUUCGCUAAGAAAUGCUUUUCCACUAGGGCUAGAUUCGACGAUCGCCGUAAGGAAUGCGAUAUUGUCGUUGAAAUUUCCUCCUCCGGCGCUAAAGAUCCCGAGAUGUGGAUCAGCAUCGACGGCAUCGUUCUGGUUCAGGUCAAGAAUUUGCAGUGGAAAUUUCGCGGCAAUCAGACGGUUGUCGUCAACCAGCGAUCGGUUCAGGUCCUCUGGGACGUCCACGAUUGGCUCUUCACCAAUCCGGGUACGGGUCACGGAUUGUUCAUUUUCAAACCCGCCCCGCCGGAAUCCGAGAGCGACAUGGAAGGUAGCGGUAGCGGCAGCGGCGGCGGCGGCUUGGAGCCGAGCGACGACGGCAGUAUUUACUACUCGACUCGGAGCAUGAAUUCGUCUCACCAGUCCGAGUUCUGCCUUUUCCUUUAUGCGUGGAAAUUGGAAUAAUUUAAAUAAUAUUACAUUAAUUAAUUCCAAAACUAGCGUAUUAAUUAAUUAAUUAAUUCAUUCAUUCAUUUAAUUAUACCGUGCAUGUCACGUGCCUUCUACAUAGUACACAUGUAUGUAUGUAUUGAUUAACCAUGCAUCAUGACCGUUGCCAAUGUAUCUGGAGCGUUUGGUUUCGUGGAUUAGAUUUAUAUGUAAUCCAAUUUAUCUUAU